UUAACCAACUAAAGCAUGGGCUCCUUAGCAUCGUCUAAACUUCUUGUUGUAGACUUCACAAAUGAAAACCUAAAGCCUGGUUCAAGUGCUUGGUCCUCUACAUGUAAUGACAUCAGGGUUGCCCUUGAAAAGCAUGGAUGCUUCAUAGCACUGUAUGAUGGAGUUUCUUCCAAGCUUGAAGAGUCUGUGUUCCAAGCCGCAGAUGAGUUGUUUGAUCUCCCAACAGAAACAAAGAUGAAAAACAUUGUCGAAAAGCCUUACCACGGAUACGUAGGCCAGAUUCCCUUUGUUCCACUUCACGAAGGCUUAGGCAUUGAUUACGCCACAGAGCAUGAAGGCGUACAAAGUUUUACCAAUCUCAUGUGGCCAAAAGGAAAGGCAUCCUUCUGUGAAACUUCCUUGUCUUUUUCAAGGGUAGUGGCAGAAUUAGAACAUAGGGUAAUAAGGUUGUUGUUUGAAAGCUAUGGCGUGGAGAAGCAUUGUGAGUCUCAUAUCAACUCAACGACAUAUCUUCUUCGGUAUCUGAAAUAUCGAGCACCAGAGAUGAACGAGACCACAAUGGCGUUUCCUUCUCAUACGGAUAAAAGCUUCUUGACCAUACUUUACCAGAAUCAGGUUUCAGGUUUGGAAAUAAGAUCAAGAGAUGAUGAAUGGAUUUCUGUUGAAUUCCCUCCUUCAUCCUUUGUGGUCAUGGCAGGUGAUGCUUGCCAGGCUUGGAGUAACAACAUGGUGCUUUCACCAGACCACAAAGUUACCUUGGACAAGAAGGGGAAAGAAACAAGAUAUACUAUUGCAUUGUUCUCGUUCUUGAGUAAGAAGGUCCAAGUGCCAGAUGAGUUUGUGGAUGAUGAGCACCCUCUUCAAUUCAAGUCAUUUAAUCAUGUUGAUCUCCUGAAUUUCUAUGACACAGAAACUGGUAGGAAAUCACAAAACAUACUAAAAGACUUUUGUGGUGUUUAAAUAUCUAUCUACUUCAAGGGACGGUGGACUAUGUAUUGUGUAUACUGUGUGUACUUGGGCUUCUAUAUGUUGCAAAUAAAUGGUGUAACAUCACAUCAAGUAUGUCACGCCUCAUGUUGUGUAAUAUAAAAAGGGAAUGUUCUUUUGAAUUGGUUUUCUUUCCUUAUGUUUUCUGGAUUGUAAUUUGUAAAUGUUUUUUCAGAUCUACUCAAGUAGUUGAAUUGUAAUUUAGUUAUGGUUAAUUAUAUUCAACAGAGAAGUCAAA